AUGACAAUGACCUCAGCAGGUGUAAUGGCUGUGUCUAACCAACAAAUGUUGCAACAACAGCAGCAGCAACCGCAGCAUCGUGUACAAUACAGACCGCCUGAUAUCAGUCAAGUAUCAGCUGGUGUUGGAAUGCAAUCUGUUCAGCCUCAACCUGGAUUUCCAUCAGGUGCACACAUCAAUCCGCAAGUUUAUCCUAAUUUUGGUGGGUCUCAUGGUGCCGCUGGAGUUUAUGGUCAUCCAGAAAAUGGAUCAAUGAUGUCGGAAGUGGAAUUUCAAGAGAUCAUGACUCGUAACCAAACAGUUUCUUCUUCUGCUAUACAUCGAGCCGUAAGUGAUGCUGCUGGUGGAGAUUACGCGUCUGCUAUUGAAACAUUGGUAACUGCUAUUUCUCUAAUUCGUCAGUCACGUGUGGCACACGAUGAUCGCUGCAAGCUGUUGAUUAACACACUUCAGGUUAAUUUACAUUUUUGA